UGCCAUGACGUCAUCGCCCCAAUGUCAACAAUGUAGCAAUUUAGAGGAGGCGCGCUGGAAAUGCCACAAUCAGCAAAGAGCAAAGCAAAAGCACGCGGUCUCGAAUGUAAUCCAACAUAGACUGAGACACUGAACACACCAUUCCUCCUGCUUCAAAUAAACCGUGCACGCUCGCUCCUUCAGCUGUUAACGAAGCGUGAAGAAAGAGACCAUGUGAACGCGUCUCGCAGAAUAUCUUCGUGCAGGAACGACUGAAAGUUUAGGCUCUGAGCAAGGAAUGACUACGGAGAAGCCUGACGCUCCCAUGUAUGUGUAUGAGUCGACGGUGCAUUGUGCCAACAUCCUCCUGUGCCUGAAUGAACAGCGGAAGCAGGACGUCCUGUGUGAUGUGACAGUACUGGUGGAGGGGAGGGAGAUCCGUGCCCACAAGGCAGUGCUGGCAGCUUGUAGCCAGUAUUUCUCCCUGCUGCUCAGGGGCCAGACGGAACAUGAGCCGGUCAUCAACCUGCCACAGAAGAUCACGGAGAAAGGCUUUGCCCCGCUGUUGCAGUUUGCUUACACAGCCAAGCUGCUACUCAACAGGGACAACAUCCAGGAUGUCAUGUGCUGUGCAGAAUUCCUAGGGAUGCACAACCUCGAAGACUCCUGCUUCCACUUCCUACAGGCCCAGAUGAAAGGUGAGGUUGAUGGCAUGCACACCAGCCAGAGUCACCCAUUAGAGGACGGAAACGUGCGACCGAGUGACUCCAAACCUCCACUGUUCGGAUCAAGGCUGCACCCUGAAACUGAGCAAUUGAAAGUCACAGACAACCUCCAUCUUCCAACCUUCGACCUCCCUCGUUAUCCCAAAUAUAGAAAGUACCAUCAGGUUCAUGCUAAGCACAACUCAACCACCUCCUCAUACAGCAGUACCUCAAGCUUUCUUGGCUCCUUGCAGGAUACCGUCACCAGCAGCAAUGCCCGGGGCCUGGAACUUUCAAAGGUGAAAGCAGAGCCAGCCAGUGGAGAAGUUUGUGUACCACUAGAAUUGUCUGAGUUGGAGCAGGAUGGUCUGGGUAGGGGUAAAGGUUGUGAGAUAGAGAUGGACAUGGAAAUGGAGUUUGAAGGAAGGCAACCUAGUUCAACACCAACUGAAUUGCCUGUGAGCAAAAGUUCACCAGUGUGCCUGCGCUCCCUUGUUAAAAAGGAAGUCACUUCUUCUAAUCAUUAUCUUACCACUGAUCUGCAACCCGCCAACAAAACCUCUCCGUUUCGAGAACAACAAGUUGCUCCGGGUGACUUCCAAAAGAAUUAUCAGGCUUUUGUUGGGGGACUUGAUGUGAUGUCUUCAAAGAAGGCUGGGAAAUUAACUGAUGGGGUGUCGUUUUCCUUUGAGAGGGUCUGUUCGCAGGAAGCUGAACAGGAGAGCGACCGAAAAAGCGUCAUCUUUUCCUCUCGGACCUCCCACCAUCUUGCGGCACCUGCGCACUCUUAUCCGGGUGAGAGCUGUUUGGGACAGGAAACCCCGGAAGACCUAUGGGCAGGUUCCAGCCAGUCAUUCCCCUGCUCCCAAACACUGUCCCCUACUUCUGUCUCCCAAGAGCCCCCAUUCCCCUACCUCCGGCACCUAAAGAGCAGCUGUCCUGUGCCCAUUAAAAUGUGUCCCCGCUCGUCUCGUGCCGAAAUUCACAUCAGAACCUCCAGCUCUUGCUCUUCCUACUCCUACGCUGAGGAUGGCAGUGGAGGAUCUCCUUCCAGCCUGCCCCAGUUUGAGCUCUCUACCUCUCCUUGUUCCACCAUGGCGCGAUGCCUGGCACUCGAACACCGGGAGCAUAGCACGUCGGGGACACCAAAGAUCAAGUGCGAGAAGUCAUAUGACACUAACUCCAGUGAUGAAUCUGGAUCUUUUUCUGAUGGAGAUAGCGAAUUGUUUCCCACCAAAGAGCGCAGUCAAGAGGUGAAACUGCCUUUCUCAGUCGACCAGAUCACAGAGCUUCCACGCAACGACUUUCAGCUGAUGAUAAAGAUGCAUAAACUGACCACGGAUCAGCUAGACUUCAUCCAUGACAUGAGACGCCGAGGUAAAAACCGAGUCGCAGCUCAGCGCUGCAGGAAAAGAAAGCUGGACUGCAUCCAGAACCUGGAGCGUGAGAUUCACAAACUGGUCUGCGAGAGACAGAAGCUCCUAACGGAACGCAGCCAUUUGAAAACCUGCAUGGGGGAGCUGUGGGAAAACUUCUCCUUUCUGUCUCAGGAGGUCUGCAGGGAGGAACAACUGAGUCCGGAUCAGUCUCUAUCUCUGUAUAAUCUACAACAAGACCCAGUUUUAUCCGGUUCAACCGGUACAGACCUUAGAAUCUCUCCCAGUCCCACCAGUAUAGACAUCACCCUCACCUCACAUGGCAACGUAGUGUCGUCCCCUGACUGUCACACCAUAGCUGAACCUUCACACCCACACGUUAGAGUGGACCGAGAGGCUGUGCCGCCCCAGGACACUGUCACCUCUGUGAGGUCAGAGCCCUCCCAGACGGGCAGCUCAAGUGUGACAUUUGAUUUUUGCCAAGAAAUGACUGUGAAGUGUACGACAGAAGAGCUCAUUGAGAGGAACUGAGUCUGGUAAACUGCAUUUUUAUC